UCCUUGUGACGACAGCAGACGAGCAGACAGCUCCAGUACUCCACACGAAUAGACGAAGCGUCUCGGUGUACGUAGUGGAGGGGAAAAAACACCGAUGUGCUCGGGCAGCGGGCAGCGGGCUCGAAAUCGCACCACUUGAUUUGUGAAUUUGUGAUUUGUGUAUACAGUUGUAACUUGUAAACAGAGCCGGAGAGCCCGAGAGCAUAUCAGAAACGUGAGGAACACCGCGCGAAUCAUGCGUCCAAAGAAAGACGACGAUUAUCUUGAAUUCGUGGAUUAAUAAUCGUGGAACUAUCGUAAGUGAAGAAUCAGCGCACUUUGGAUAUUUAAAAAAAGGUGUUAAUUACUAGGCGUCCUAACCUCGAAAUUUGAAAAGGUUAAAGGGGUAUCAUAACUAAUCACUAAUCGGUUGCACAUUAAAAAAGAGAGCAUCUUAUUAAGUCGCAACUACUUGGAAUCGUCAUUAUAAAACCUCUUUCAGUUCAAGAGGACACAACAUGAAAGUCAUAAAAGGAAAUUGGAACACCCUUCUGAGCAAUUACGAAGUUUUGAAUAUUUUGCAAAACACGAAGUCUUAUAAGAAGCAGAUGAAUCAGCUCGCGACUAUUACUUAUCAGACGAUUAAGUAUCUGGAAGACACGCCGUGCAAGAAGCAGAAUCCAGAAAAAAUCCACGAGUUCCUAAAAGCGAUGGAACCCAUUAAAUUGACCAAGGCCGAGAAGCUUACUCUUCUCAACCUCUGCCCCACUACAUUAGUCGAGAUACAAUUGAUGGUUGAAGAGAGCGAGGAACGGCUGUCGGAGGAAGAAGCGAAGACCGUGCUUCAGAUCGUCGCAAAUUUGCGGGAUGAGCAGGACGCAGAACAAGAGACCUAAUUUUAGAUCUUAAAAAAUAACUUAUUUAAAUAUAUUUUGCGUAUGUACAUUUUAUUUAUAAUAAACACGACUGGAAAUAG